GCCAUGAAUUAAAAACUGAGAGACGCGGGAACCGAAGGAACACGCAGUCCUUCUCCUCCGCCCCGCGCGCACGUCUUGUUGUAGGCAGAGUUCGUUCUCGCCAGUCCGAGAACCGGCGGAACCACAGGACGCACAGGGAAGAAGCACUCUCCACUGAGGAACUAUCCAGCGAUUGAGAGACAAAGAGAGAGAAUUAAGGGAGGAAGGAAGGGAGGAAGGUUGAUAGAGUGGAAUUCUCUUUAGCCGAUCGCAUGAUUCCUGGUUCACGCUCUUUUCACAGCGGGACGAUGUUGAGGAAAGCGCUCGCGGCAUUAUUUCUCUACGGGCUCGUUACGCACUACAGGGCGGGCUGUUCUCCCGCGGGACUCCUUCAACCCGACGACAGACUCGACGACGACGUCUUCGACGAGAACGGGGACUCGUUACUGCGUCUGCCGUUUGGCGGGAACCAACUGACGUUACGGAGCGCACCAUCAGAGGACGUCUACUCCUUAUAUUACCCCGAGGAGGAGAGAACCCAGCGGCACGCGGACGGCAUGUUCAAUAAGGCGUACCGGAAGGCGUUGGGUCAGCUGUCCGCACGGAAAUACCUCCACGCGCUCAUGGCGAAACGUGUAGGUGGGGGAAACUCAAUGGAGGAGAGCGAGGAGGAGCCUCUGUCGAAGAGGCACUCGGACGGCGUCUUCACGGACAGUUACAGCCGCUACCGCAAGCAGAAGGCUGUGAAGAAGUACCUGGCCGCCGUUCUUGGGAAAAGGUACAGACAGAGACACCGGAGCAAGGGACGCCUGGCAUAUUUAUAGCUUCCUCAAAACAGAGCGUUAGGAUGAGUGUGUACAGCCCCGAAGAAUUCAUUUAUCCAGUUAAAGGAACAACAAUCAGUGAACUGCAUUUAUGUUUUUUUUUGGAUUUGUAUUUAUGUAUGACGUAAGCCAUUAAAUGAAUAUUUUGAUAAUAUAUUGUUUUUAUUUUUUAACUCAGCACUUGAUAACGCACAUAUCUACUUUAUGGACCAACCUUUUGUUUAGAUGAUCUAUAUUUAUGUCUGAGUUUAGACGAUAUAUAUAUAUAUAUAUAUUUAUUUAUGUAGCCCACGCAUUUGUUUGUCAUUUGUUGAGGAUAAGGUGUGUUCAUUGAAGCUGCCCUGUCUUUGAAUACAUUUAGUGGAUGGAUAUGAAUUUAAGGAAAAUAAAUAGUAUAAAAGACAAUGCAUUGAAUGUUGCUUUUUGGACGGUGAAAUUAAGACUCUAUAGUUGUUCUCCUUCACAACAGCCUUGAAGACAUAGAUUUUGACCAAAUCCUACAUGAGAUAGACUUGGCUGCCCUGCCGGAGGUCCGGCAGCUUUUGGAAAGCUGGCUCAGACAGAUCUCUGGCGAGUUCUCGGUGAGUUCCGGCCCUGAGGAAAGUCUCCUUUCCUCUCGCCCCUCUCCUCCCUUGUAACCUUUGACCCCGUAAACUCUGACCCUGUGUCCUUCCGCUAAACGCUCUGACCUUCUGCCAGCUCACCUGUGCUCCUGUUCCUCGCCACUUCUUAUUGACAUAAUAAUAAUAAUACCAAGAAUAUAGCGGUUGUUAUUAUUAUUAAUAUAAUGAUAUUGCCCAAUGGGCCCCUGCGUUACUACGCAGUGCAUUCACGUAGCCGAGGGCUGGAAUGAUAUAUAUAAGACAUAUCAGUGUUUAUUAAUUAUAAACAAUUGAUUAUUAUUUAGUAAUGAAAAGUAUUUUCAAUUUUUAUUUUCAUUGAACACGUACAGUGUGCAAGGAUAUGAUCUAAGUCUAAAUCCCCGCCCCCGAGGACCAGAGUACUUCUGAGGUUUUUCUCCUCCUACAUUCUACUUCCUACUUCCGUUUCUUCUUUGGUGUUUGAAAACGUGAUAUCAGCCUUUUUCCAGCUUCCUGUGUCCUAAGUGAUUCCUGUAUUUGAGAAGCACUUGAACAUCUGGUCGGGUAUGCUUCUGGUGUGCCACCUGACAUGUAACAAGUAUCACUGACAUUACUAUUUGUCCAAUCAGACGCAGAAGAAGAGUUACCUUUAAGGCAAAUGAUACUUGUUACAUCGCUGUCCAUCCGGCCUCUAUGUCUGCUCUUUACACCAAAGAGGAAGACUGAAACAACUCGUUUGUGCUGAGUCCUCUUGACUUUCUUUGCCAACACUUUAUAAUAAGGUACCAUAAUAAAUAGCAAACUAGUCAUUA